CCACUGGAAUCCAGUGGCCACGGAAGUCACUAUCCCCUACGGGACUCCGUUCAUAAAAUUGAUGAUUCCUACCUCCUCUAACCCCCCGGUAAACCCCUCCGCCAAGUCCCGACCCAAACUCAUCACCUCACCUACGUCAAUUGCACCUCAGAUGAACUUCAGAGCAUUCAACAUCCCCACGAAGAAGACCGGCGGCUCCUCCUCUGCUGCCCCCAGAACUGUACCGGUGCAACUGGAACCGGUGGAGAUCAAUUCCGAGGAGGAAACUUCUCCGACCGGGAGGACCACGGUAAACCCUCCCCUGGACAAGGGGAAGGGGAAGGUCCGGACGAAGCAUGCCGCCACCACUCAUCCCUCAGCCAAGAGGAGGAGGGGAGAAAAUGUCCCGGCUUCAGAGUCGCUAGAGGAGCUCUGGGUAAAGAUGGGGCAGAAGUUGAAGGAGGUAAAACUUCCGACCGCGAUUGCCGGGAGGGCCAAGGCAGAGACCCUCCAGCUGAAGGAAGAGAACCUGAAGCUGGUGGAGGACUUGGAGCUAAAGGAGCGAGAGUUCCCCGGCAGGGCCAAGCAAUGGGUGGGGGAGAACUUGGAGGAAACGGCCCGGGUGAUUACUUCUACUCCGGAGGUGACGAUGGAGGCCUUCAAGUUCAUCUACCGGGAACCCAACGGGAAGGAAAUGGUCACCCAGGUCGGGUCCUACGGUUUCAUGUCCGGGUAGAAACGAGACCGGGAGGCUACCCACGCAAUCCUGGCUGAGCGGGACCCGGCCUUCUCUGCCGAUGCUUAUGGCCUG